AUGGAGGGAGGCAACAACCUGUGCCAGGGCAUCGAGGACCACGACUGCAAAUGCCCCCAGGGCCACAGCUGUGGGGAUAACACCUGCCUGUACUGCAGGAAGCUGCCAGAGUGUGCUGAGGGCCAGGAGCUCACCAGGAUUGACAGGGACAUUAUUCCAAACUGGAAACAAAGAGACUGUGAGAGCUCGGGGUUUGUGACGCUCAGCCGAGGCAACAGCACCCACAACUCCAAGUGUGGCGUCCUUCCUUCUCCCAAAGACGUGGGGCAAGCUCUCCUGCCCUCCAGCUCCCUGUCCACCACCAUCCUGGCCAUCCUGACGGCCGUGGCCGUGUUCGUGCUCAUCCUGCUCACCUUCCUCCUGCACUUCUGCAUCUGGACCCUGAAGGACAAAUAUUUCGCAGCUGAGGACGUGGACCAUCACUUCCCUAGGCCGCCGGCGGCUCGGCAGCUCCCGGAGACCUCCAGCAUCCAGUUCCCCGAGGAAGAGCACGGAGGAAAGACGGCCGAGGAGAAGCUUUCCAUGCUGUCCCUCAGGGUCUCCAACGAGCUCUCCACCAGAUAA